UGAAGUCAGCAUGGACAUGAAUUUGUCAGCGCGUUGUGCUUUGGUUCUUUCUCUGUUGGCAUUUGUAGAUUUGAAAAUAGUCUCUGCUGCAGAAACGGGAGGCACAUCUACAGCAAAGCCUGGAGUGUGCCCUCGUAGACGAUGGGGCAUAGGGAUAUGUGCAGAGUUAUGUUCCAGUGACAGUGACUGCCCCAAUGAUGAAAAAUGCUGUCACAACGGAUGUGGGCAUGUCUGCAUUGCACCUUACACAGCAAAGCCUGGAGUGUGCCCUCGUAGACGAUGGGGCGUAGGGACGUGUGCGGAGUUAUGUUCCAAUGACAGUGACUGCCCCAAUGAUGAAAAAUGCUGCCACAAUGGAUGUGGGCAUGACUGCAUUGCACCUUACACAGUGCCGAUCCUCCCGAAGGCAGGUCAGUGCCCGCUGCUUCUGAAAGUCCUGCCGCCACACAAGGGAUGUGUCCGCGAUGAGGACUGUCCUAAAGAUGACAAAUGCUGCGUCUUUCACUCUUACGCCUUGUGUGUCCCACCUGACUUCACAAAGCCUGGAGUGUGCCCUCGUAGACAAUGGGGCGUGGGGACGUGUGCGGAGUUCUGUUCCAAUGACAGUGACUGCCCCAAUGAUGAAAAAUGCUGCCACAAUGGAUGUGGGCAUGACUGCAUUGCACCGACACAGUGAAGCCCGGUCGCUGUGUCCUGCCCAAGGGGACCUACAUGUGUGCCGAGUACUGUUACAAAGAUGGCCAGUGCCCGAGGAACAGAAGUGUUUCCGGAUAUGUUGAUUCUACGCCUGCACUGAGCCAUUGAAGCUUUAUUGGAAAUUCUUAAUAAUUAUAAGAAAUAAGUAGAAAAUACUAAUUAUUACAAGUACAGUUAUGUCUUUGAAAACUGAUGAUUUUAUGCAAUAAUAAAUAUGAAAAAUGAUCAUAGCUUUUAUGGAAACUGUACCCAUUUUAUGAACGGUAUGUGAAUUGACAAACUCAUGUGGACUGCUGAAUUUGAAUAAAACAAGAUUUUGAACACCCGUG